UAACUUCUUUGAUUCAUUUCUCUCUCCGUAGCGAUCCGAGUUGGUAACUCAUCAAACUCGUUCGCCACGCCACGCCACGCCACGCUGACUCGGUGUUACAGGCGGCUAUUUCUCAUCUAGCCACGCCAUCAUUCUUCUGCACCCAAUCCAAUAUCUCGCGAUUUUCUUAACAACCAAACAAUCUCUUUCUUCACACACACUUCAUCACACACACACACACACUUUGAUUUCUGCGUUCAAAUUUCAUAGAUUCUUCUGCUUUCGUAAUCUUAAGCACGAUCUUCAAAAGCUAGAUUCUGUUUUUUGAAGAUCGUUGAACAAUAUCUAGGUUUUCGGUUGAUCGAUUGUGGAAGCAGGAGGAAUUUGCGAUCUGUGUUGUGGAUUAUUGUUAUGAGAGAUUUUGAAAGAAUGGUUAGCGGCAACUUAUUUCAUUCUAGAAAGAAUUCGUGGCCUACUGAAGAGUAUAUCAAUAAAACCACUUUACAAUUGUUUGAUAUUGAUAAUGCUGCUCCUCCUGAGCAAGCUUGGAGAAGAAGAUUAAACAGCCACGCCAAUCUUCUUAAAGAAUUUAGAGUAACUUUUAUGGAAGCUAUAAAGAUGGUUCGAUUAGGUAUACGCAUGUGGUCAUAUGUUAGGGAAGAGGCUUCUCAUGGAAGGAAAGCACCCAUAGAUCCCUUCACUCGAGAAAGUUGCAAGCCAUCUGCAUCUCAAGGGGUUCCACUUGGAGGGAUGGGGAGUGGCAGCAUAUCAAGAGGAUUUAGAGGAGAAUUCAGACAAUGGCAAAUCAUUCCUGGUCUAUGUGAACCAUCACCUGUCAUGGCCAACCAGUUCUCUAUUUUUGUAAGUAGAGAGGGAGGAAACAAAAGUUUUGCAUCAGUUUUGGCUCCUGGUCAGCAUGAAGGUGUAGGAGCUUGCAGGAAAGCUGAUGAUCAGGGUAUAUCAUCAUGGGGAUGGAAUCUAAAUGGCCAGCACUCAACUUACCAUGCUUUGUUUCCAAGAGCUUGGACUGUUUAUGAUGGUGAGCCAGACCCAGAACUAAAAAUAUCAUGUCGGCAGAUAUCCCCUUUCAUACCACAUAAUUACAGAGAAAGCAGUCUACCUGCAGCCGUUUUUGUCUAUACGUUGGUAAACACUGGUAAAGAAAGAGCUAAAGUCAGCCUUUUAUUUACUUGGGCGAAUUCUAUUGGUGGGAACUCUCACUUGUCAGGAGAUCAUGUGAAUGAACCUUUCAUAGCUGAAGAUGGUGUCUCCGGCGUACUUCUAUAUCACAAGACAGCGAAAGACAACCCCCCUGUUACUUUUUCAAUUGCUGCAUGUGAAACACAGAAUGUUAGUGUUUCUGUUUUGCCAUGUUUUGGGCUGUCCGACCGAAGUAGCGUAACAGCAAAAGGAAUGUGGACUAAAAUGGUGAAGGAUGGGCAAUUUGAUCGGGAAAAUUUCUCUUCUGGACCCAGCAUGCCCUCAUCACCUGGAGAGACACUAUGUGCUGCUGUUGCAGCUUCUGCAUGGGUGGAACCCCAUGGAAAAUGUACCGUUGCAUUUAGUCUUGCAUGGUCAUCUCCGAAAGUGAAGUUUGUGAAAGGCAGCACUUUCAACAGGAGAUAUACAAAAUUUUAUGGGACUUCUGAGAGAGCUGCAGUGCACCUGGCUCAUGAUGCAUUGACACAUUAUACACGGUGGGAAGAAGAGAUUGCGAAAUGGCAGGAUCCUAUUCUUAAGGAUGAGAAGCUACCAGAAUGGUACAAGUUUACAUUAUUUAACGAACUCUACUUUCUUGUUGCUGGAGGAACAAUUUGGAUAGACUCUACUUUGCUAUCUUCAAAUAAGAGAAAUAAUAGCCAGGAUCAGCUAGAAGAGUCGGAAAAUGCAGUAGUUCGAAUAACUGAAGCUAAAGUGGACUGCAGAAAAAGGGAAGUUGUCGAGUGUACGACAGAUAAUUCCUAUGAUUCUACUGCUCAUAGGGGACAUAAUCACUUGGAUGAAAAACAUAAUAGGGAUAUAUCCCGUGAAAAUGGAACCGUGAAUACUCUCGGAAAAGGAAACUCUGCUAACACUCCACAUCAUUCAACAAUGAAGAAUCUACAACAUGAUGAUGAUAAUGAUGAUGGUGGAAGGUUUUUGUACUUGGAAGGUGUGGAAUAUGUCAUGUGGUGCACAUAUGAUGUGCACUUCUAUGCUUCAUUUGCACUUCUUAUGCUCUUUCCUCGUAUCGAAUUAAAUAUACAACGCGAUUUUGCUCAAGCUGUCCUGUGCGAAGAUGGAAGGAAAGUAAAGUUUCUGGCAGAGGGAAACUGGGGAACUCGUAAGGUUUAUGGGGCUGUCCCACAUGAUUUGGGGACACAUGAUCCAUGGCAUGAAAUGAAUGCUUAUAACAUUCAUGAUACUAGUAAGUGGAAAGACCUGAACCCAAAAUUUGUACUUCAGGUGUAUCGAGAUUUUUCUGCAACAGGUGAUUUGCAAUUUGGUGUCGAUGUGUGGCCUGCUGUCCGAGCUGCAAUGGAGUACAUGGAGCAAUUCGAUAGAGAUGCUGAUGGUCUUAUUGAGAAUGACGGUUUCCCUGAUCAAACAUAUGAUACAUGGACUGUCCAUGGUGUGAGUGCUUACUGUGGUGGUCUUUGGCUUGCUGCUCUUCAAGCUGCAGCUGCAAUGGCCCUUCAACUAGGUGACAGAGAUUUUGCGGAAACAUGCAAAAGGAAGUUUCUGAAGGCUAAGCCAGUAUAUGAACAGAAGCUGUGGAAUGGUUCAUAUUUUAACUAUGACAGUGGAUCAAGUAGUAACAGUAAAUCCAUUCAAGCCGAUCAAUUGGCUGGGCAAUGGUAUACAGCAUCCUCAGGGCUUCCCUCUCUUUUUGAUGAUUUCAAGAUCAAAAGUUCUCUCCGGAAGGUUUUUGAUUUCAAUGUGAUGAAAGUUAAAGGCGGCAGAAUGGGUGCUGUAAAUGGCAUGCAUCCCAACGGUAAGGUGGAUGAAACCUGUAUGCAGUCUCGAGAGAUAUGGGCAGGUGUGACCUACGGUGUUGCUGCAACAAUGAUACUUGCAGGAAUGGAAGAAGAGGCCUUCACAACUGCUGAGGGUAUAUUUCUAGCAGGCUGGUCAGAAGAAGGAUCCGGAUACUGGUUUCAGACUCCAGAGGCAUUUACAAUUGACGGGCACUAUCGGUCCCUCAUAUAUAUGAGGCCACUAUCAAUUUGGGGCAUGCAAUAUGCAUUAACUAUGCCAAAGGCAGUACUUGAGGCCCCUAAAAUCAACUUCAUGGACAGAAUCCACCUAUCUCCUGUUAGUGGAGGAUUACAUAAAGAAACAGGUGUGAAAAAGAUUGCAACGAAAACAAAAUGCUUUAGCAGUUCUGUGUUUAAUUGUGCUUGCUGAUUGUUAACGUGUAAGCACAUGAAAAUUUUGUAUAGGUAACCUCUUCACACUGUUACUAACCCAACACUCGUAGAGAAGCUGUUAAAAAUGGUGGUCAAGGGCCGGGGUUCAGUUGUAACUUGUAAUAAUAUAUAGCGUGUAAGUUCAAAGUUCAAUGAUUGUAGAUACAUUUUACUGUAACUGUAUAUUCUUAUUUAUUGAAGUUCCCAGAUCCCAAGAUAUAUUCUAAAUUCAUCCUAUGAUGAAUCACAACAUUAUUGAAACAUGUGGUGAUUAUCAUGAGUUAAUUAUUUCAGAAGGUUAUA